AUGUUAAUAUUACUUGCCUUUACAUUUUCAGACCCACAACAAGCUACCACACUGCCAACAAGCCCAGACCAUGGAAAUACGACAUCUCGCUCAACCACAAUGAACAUUAACCUGGCAUCUAUAAUAGCGGCCAUGGCAAUCAAGGUCCUUUUAAGCAUAUUUGGAACACUUGGAAAUCUUCUUGUACUUCUGGUUAUUUUGACCAACUUUCGCCUCGCCUCGGCAUCUAACCUACUCCUCGCAAACUUGGCCGCCGUUGAUUUAUUGUGCUUGGCUUAUGUAACGCCUGGUGGAAUCUACAGAACGUUCUGUGAGGAAUUAGCUUUGUGCCAUGCGCCCGAUGCGUUUGUACUGGUGCAUCGUGGGAUAGCGCAGUUUGUCGUGGCAGCCUCUGCCUCCAGUUUAUUUGCGAUCGCGGUUGACAGAUUCAUCGCUAUUUCUUUGCCAUUCAAAUACACAACGUUGAUGAAAAAAACUCGAGCUUUUUAUUGCAUCCUCUUAUCGUGGUUAAUAAGUGCGUCUAUAGCUUUUAUAUUCGUAUGUUUACAAUUUUUCUACGCUCAAUCUAUUUAUUGCAUCCUGUUGAUCUUGGUUACGGUUUCACUUUAUGUUCACAUCUUUGUGUUUGCCUUGAAAAAGGAAAGACAGAUAGCCGCGCUACAAGUGUCAAACAUAAAACGAGGAACAAAUUUCUUGCACGAGCGAAAGUCGACAAAAACAAUGGCGAUUAUUUUGGGCGUCUUCAUAGCAGCUUGGGUACCUGCCGUCGCUUUUUAUGCGACUGUCCCGUCGCAUGAUCCACAGUUUCUCAACAUUCAGAACUGGAUAAAUGUUAUAUACUUUCUAAAUGCGGCUCUGAACCCUUUUAUUUAUGGCGUUCGUAGCUCGCACUUUCGUAAGAGAGUUAAACUACUUAUUAAGACUACGAUGACCCGCUUCAGAUUAUAA